AUGGAUUUGUGGCUAAUCAUGUUGUCUGCACUGGCCGCUGUCAUAGUCGCGGCAUUCUCUGCGGCGCUCGGCACAGCUGUCGAACACUUUAAAGAGGAAGAAUAUAACUCGUCGGAGGUUGUGGACAACCUGCGCCGGCAGCUGAUGAAAGACAACUACGACUACAUGCUAGAGGCGAGCGCGGCGCGCCCCUACCGCUACCACGCCGAGUCCGACGACGGCGAGCCGCCCACCGAAGUAGUCAGACCUAGCACGACGAGCACGCUCGAGACGCCCGUCGACUUCUACACGAAGGUGACGAGACGCGACGUCACCCGGACCACGGCCGACCUGAGAGACCUCCGUCGCAACCCGAUGUACGACCAGAGGUCCAAGUACGUGGCGCCGAGCGAGCGCAGGAAGCUGGCCACCGCAGGCGGCGACGUAAUCCUGUACGACGACGAUAAGGCGCGCAGACAAAACGAUAGAUUUAUUUCGAAGGAUCCGGCCACCACUGACGAUCAUUCCGCGCUCGUGGACCACUCGACACUGAGCUACGAAAUCGGGGAGUCCCGCCGCCGCGAAGGCGCCUCCGAUACCACGGUCAAAUAUAGCCUGCUCAAGGUGGCGGCGGCGCGGCGCAGCGGACGGCGGCCGCACCUCGUCAAGGAGGAGAAGCCGGGCGAGGUGUCCAUAGUGAACCUGGGCGAGGACGCGGUGCCGCAGUUUCGGCUGCCGCGGCCGCGAGCGCAGUACAUGCGCGAUUCAGACCCCGAGUCCGACCGGGAAGCGCCGCGCGAGUCCCGCGCCCGCCUCGAGCCCCCGUCUGCCGUCGACCUAGAUCGAUAA